CGGAUCUACCCAUGGUCGCCACAGGGGCAGCAAAGUAGGGAGGAGAGGCGUAACCACCUCAUGACGGAUUUCUGUUGGGUACAGUACAGACAUAUCCCGGUCGAGAUCCAGGCUGCUUUUGAUCAAGAGCUGGCACAAAAAUAUGAUAUUGUAGAUUCUAUUGAUCCCCUCCCUGCUUUUGUGGCUCCUUGCGACGACUACCUGAUGCUGGCGCUAAACUUACCGGAUGACAACAUCUUCCACAUUGAUGAUGUGAUCCCUUUCCGUAUUGGGGGGAAGGAUUUCAAAAUCCACACGGCCCACAAGCGGCGGCCGUGGUGUUUCAAAUGCCAACAGUACGGGCACGCCGUUGCAGAGGUGGGCUGUGCAUUUCACCCGGCAAGGCGUGCGAAGGCAACGGGACGUUUGCUUCGGGACCCCUUCUGCGCCUCCCAUUGGCGGACAGUUGACCCUGGCCAUGAGGGUUGGGUCUAUAUCGAUGAAACCAACUCAGAGGGGAGGGCUAGAGGAUGGGAAUGGGAGAAGAAGGAGGACUGCGACUUCAACAGCAAACCCCCGGACCAUUGGGUUCCCCCUUACUCGGUGGAAGUGCACUUGGUUGCAAAGAUCGACCAUCGAUCUGGUGAGGAAAAGGUUCCGGAACCGAAGCCGGAAUCCUUCCUAAAGGAAACAGAGAAGGAAGAAUGUUGGAAGGAGAUUGUGAGAGAGAUGUCUUUGCGGCUGCAAAUGGAGCCAGAGGUCGAAGGGGGAGCGAUCGCUCUGGCUGGUUGGAUGAAGGACAAAAGUGAGGACAUGCUGGCGAUCAUCUGGGAGCUGGAGGAGGGGGCGGAUCCUUGGCUUGACGUCCGCAUCGAUGGAGAAGGGCAGAUGGCAUCAUGGAUUAAUUAGCAGGAGGUCAAUCCUUCCCUGCGCAGGGAAGUAAUCAAUGCCCCCUGACAGU